UAUACAAUAAAGGUCUGGACAAGUGAGGAGGACUUUUUCUUAGUUGAAGUUUUGUGUCAAUGUGCAACAUGAGAGAGCUGGUGAUAUUAGCAGCUUUGAUCUCGGCUAUACACGCAGCCAGCCUCCCGAUAGGCACUGAUGUGCAAUAUAAGUGCCAAGAAGAUCAGGACAACAUUGCUACAUUAGAAGCUGAGAGGUUCAUUAAUGACCAUCACCAUUAUGGAUACAAAUUCAAAUUUGUCUCACUGGACAGUCGCAGUGCAGAGAAGAAGACAGAUCCUUGUGAGGUCGUCUUGGGAAUAACUCUAGAGGAAACUGAAUGCUACAUUGUGAAUCCCAAACCAUUAGAUCAAUGUAAUGCUAGAACAGAAACAGAGACGAAAGUGAUAGCAAAAUGUAAUGUGACCAUGUUCAGUAUUGAGGGACAAGCAGCUGUGAAGUGCUUCAUCUGUGCCACCGAACCAGCUUCACAUGAAAUGACAAAAUGCCCUGACUGCCAAAGUCUACUGCCUUUGGAUGACCAGAAGGGUCUGGAGUGUGUGAAAACUGCCCUGCAGAAAUUCAACAAAAGAUCUGCUCACAAAUCGUACUUUAAACUGUUGGAAGUUGGAAGGAUCAGCACAAAGUUGAUGAUUUCAGGUCAAUACUUCUUUGCCCAGUUUGCCAUUAUGAAGACAAACUGUCCAAGAAAAGUGGCAUCCAAGAAACAAAAAGCAUGCAAGGCUUUAUGUGGGAAUCAGGCUCGAUAUGGCUUCUGUAAGUCCUCUAAGGUCGGAAAUGAAGAGCCAGAAGUGGAAUGUGAGAUUUAUGAAGCUCAGAACUUAAAUCCUUUACAACACCCUGCUCAGUCAAGAAAAGACUGUGAUUUCCAUGGACUCCCACCCAUCUUCUAUUCGGAACAAACAGAUCAUGACGACAACAACAGUAAAGAAACUCAUGGCAAGAACAGUAAAGAAUCUCACGGCAAGAACAGUAAAGAAACUCUCGACACAAAGGGUAAAGGAAAUCAUGAAAAGAACAGUAAAGAAUCGCACGGCAAGAACAGUAAAGAAACUCAUGACAAGAACAGUAAAGAAUCUCAUGGCAAGAACAGUAAAGACAAACACGGCAAGAACAGUAAAGAAUCUCACAGCAAGAACAGUAAAGAAACUCACGGCAAGAAAAGUAAAGAAUCUCACGGCAAGAACAGUAAAGAAACUCAUGGUAAGAAAAGUAAAGAAUCUCAUGGCAAGAACAGUAAAGAAACUCACGGCAAGAACAGUAAAGAAACUCACGGCAAGAACAGUAAAGACACUCACGGCAAGAACAGAAAAGAAACUCACGGCGAGAACAGUAAAGAAUCUCAGGGCGAGAACAGUAAAGAGUCUCACGGCGAGAACAGUAAAGAAACUCACGGCAAGAAAAGUAAAGAAUCUCACGGCAAGAACAGUAAAGAAACUCACGGUAAGAAAAGUAAAGAAUCUCAUGGCAAGAACAGUAAAGAAUCUCACGGCAAGAACAGAAAAGAAACUCACGGCGAGAACAGUAAAGAAUCUCAGGGCGAGAACAGUAAAGAAUCUCACGGCGAGAACAGUAAAGAAACUUACUACAAGAAGGGUAAAAACACUCAGGACAAGAAUAUUAAAGAAUCUCACGGCAAGAACAGUAAAGAAUCUCAGGAUAAGAACAGUAAAGAAUCUCACGGUAAGAACAGUAAAGGAACUCACGAUAAGAACAGUAAAGAAUCUCAUGGCAAGAACAGUAAAGAAUCUCAGGACAAGAACAGUAAAGAAUCUCACGGCAAGAACAGUAAAGAAACUCAUGGCAAGAACAGUAAAGAAUCUCAGGACAAGAACAGUAAAGAAUCUCACGGCAAGAACAGUAAAGAAACUCACGGUAAGAACAGUAAAGAAUCGCAGGAUAAGAACAGUAAAGAAUCUCACGGCAAGAACAGUAAAGAAACUCACGGUAAGAACAGUAAAGAAUCUCAGGAUAAGAACAGUAAAGAAUCUCAUGGCAAGAACAGUAAAGGAACUCACGACAAGAACAGUAAAGAAUCUCACGGCAAGAACAGUAAAGAAUCUCAGGACAAGAACAGUAAAGAAUCUCAUGGCAAGAACAGUAAAGAAUCUCACGACAAGAACAGUAAAGAACUCAGGAAAAGAACAGUAAAGAAUCUCAUGGCAAGAACAGUAAAGAAUCUCAGGACAAGAACAGUAAAGAAUCUCACGGCAAGAACAGUAAAGAAACUCACGGUAAGAACAGUAAAGAAUCUCAGGAUAAGAACAGUAAAGAAUCUCACGGCAAGAACAGUAAAGGAACUCACGACAAGAACAGUAAAGAAUCUCACGGCAAGAACAGUAAAGAAUCUCAGGACAAGAACAGUAAAGAAUCUCAUGGCAAGAACAUUAAAGAAUCUCACGACAAGAACAGUAAAGAAUCUCAGGAAAAGAACAGUAAAGAAUCUCACGGCAAGAACAGUAAAGAAACUCACGGCAAGAACAGUAAAGAAACUCACAGCAAGAACAGUAAAGAAUCUCAGGAUAAGAACAGUAAAGAAUCUCACGGCAAGAACAGUAAAGGAACUCACGACAAGAACAGUAAAGAAUCUCACGGCAAGAACAGUAAAGAAUCUCAGGAUAAGAACAGUAAAGGAACUCACGGCAAGAACAGUAAAGAACUCACGGCAAGAAAAAAACACUCAGGACAAGAAUAUUAAAGAAUCUCACGGCAAGAACAGUAAAGAAUCUCAGGAUAAGAACAGUAAAGAAUCUCACGGUAAGAACAGUAAAGGAACUCACGAUAAGAACAGUAAAGAAUCUCAUGGCAAGAACAGUAAAGAAUCUCAGGACAAGAACAGUAAAGAAUCUCACGGCAAGAACAGUAAAGAAACUCAUGGCAAGAACAGUAAAGAAUCUCAGGACAAGAACAGUAAAGAAUCUCACGGCAAGAACAGUAAAGAAACUCACGGUAAGAACAGUAAAGAAUCGCAGGAUAAGAACAGUAAAGAAUCUCACGGCAAGAACAGUAAAGAAACUCACGGUAAGAACAGUAAAGAAUCUCAGGAUAAGAACAGUAAAGAAUCUCACGGCAAGAACAGUAAAGGAACUCACGACAAGAACAGUAAAGAAUCUCACGGCAAGAACAGUAAAGAAUCUCAGGACAAGAACAGUAAAGAAUCUCAUGGCAAGAACAGUAAAGAAUCUCACGACAAGAACAGUAAAGAAUCUCAGGAAAAGAACAGUAAAGAAUCUCAUGGCAAGAACAGUAAAGAAUCUCAGGACAAGAACAGUAAAGAAUCUCACGGCAAGAACAGUAAAGAAACUCACGGUAAGAACAGUAAAGAAUCUCAGGAUAAGAACAGUAAAGAAUCUCACGGCAAGAACAGUAAAGGAACUCACGACAAGAACAGUAAAGAAUCUCACGGCAAGAACAGUAAAGAAUCUCAGGACAAGAACAGUAAAGAAUCUCAUGGCAAGAACAUUAAAGAAUCUCACGACAAGAACAGUAAAGAAUCUCAGGAAAAGAACAGUAAAGAAUCUCACGGCAAGAACAGUAAAGAAACUCACGGCAAGAACAGUAAAGAAACUCACAGCAAGAACAGUAAAGAAUCUCAGGAUAAGAACAGUAAAGAAUCUCACGGCAAGAACAGUAAAGGAACUCACGGCAAGAACAGUAAAGAAUCUCACGGCAAGAACAGUAAAGAAUCUCAGGAUAAGAACAGUAAAGGAACUCACGGCAAGAACAGUAAAGAAACUCAUGGCAAGAACAGUAAAAAAACUCACGGCAAAAACAGUAAAGAAACUCACGGCAAGAACAGUAAAGAAUCUCAUGGCAAGAACAAUGAAGAGGUUACAGAAUCCAAGUCUGAAGAUUGUCCAUACCAUGGCCUUGUACCCCCUUCUAUUUAUCCAAUCUGUCCCUUCCUUCCACCAUGUCUCUGCCAGGGCCCUCCAGACCUUGUACCCCGUGGUCCUUAAUAACAAACACUAAAAUCUGCUGAGUAACAGUCAAAAUUUAAAACUGAACAACAGUUCAGUGUUAAUGUCUACAGAAUGUUCAGUCCAAUAAAUAAUCUUUACUGACCUGUGUGGUUAAGUGAUAAUGGUCUCAAAACACAGCUGAAAUAAUUUUGUAAGGGGUAUUACAAUAUAAAAAAACUUGCUUUAACAGGAAAAUCAAAUCGUGUAUAAACACACACUGUCAAUUUAGUAAUUAACUGGCAGCAGCUUCACCUAUAAAGUACUGUAUAUUUUUAGACUAUGUGUACAUUAAUCCAGAUACAUUUAAAAAUAGAGUUUUUGUUUUAAAAUGCUCUCCAUCCACGUUAGCAUUUUCAAGCUUUUUCCAAAAGUUUCUCAUCCACACUGAAACGUCAGAAAAUGUUAAAUCCGUUUUACUGCACAAUGUGUAAAACCUUAAAAAAGCUCACCGAGAUCAUACAGAUGGAAAAGACAUGAUGCGUUUUCAUGCAAUUCUUCUGGCAGGUUAAUUUUAUUUAGGAAAAUAACUCAUCAUUCACUGAUGCGUUCAGGUCGCACUCACUCACGAUUGUAUGUCUGAUCUAAAAUGAAACUGCCCUGGACUUUGAUAUGAAGAGUAUACAAGGUAACAAAUCUGUAGCAACAGUGUGAAAGUUAAUGGAACAUACUGUAACAUGACAAUACUGGUAUUAAACAGUUGAAUGCUUGAGUCUGAUUGGCUGACGAACGUUCUAAGGUGUGCAAUUAUUUUCAGGGAAAUGCACGGUGAAUGUAGUUCCAGGCAGGUCUUGACCGCAUUACAUGUCCAUAUCGCUAAAUGAUUUGAGUUAUUUCAAAGGUCCUUACAGCUGAAAACCAGCAAAAGAAAACAGGUAACACCAGGUAACACCAGGAGAAGACCAGAGCAACUUAACAGAACUUGUUUUUGUCAACCAAACAAAUACAUAGUAAACAAGAAAAAAAAAAAACGACAGAUCAUCAGUUUUUGCCACAAAAUUACAUUUUAUUAUGUAUGGAAAGCUCAUACUCUAUCUCUCUCGCUCUCUCUCUCCCUCACAGAAGCAUAGUUUGCACACAUGCUAACAUACACGCUAAUGUUGAUAGCGCUACUCUGGCGACUAUAUCAGUAACAUAGUUUAACAACUAAAAAUUCUCACAAGCGAGGUAACAACAACAGUGCUGUUCGUGAAGAAAAUAAACUUAAAGUUUCACUAUUACUAGAGACUCUGCGGAACACUUUUAGAGACUCACAGAGGUAAUCUCUCU